AUGGCGUACGGAACAGUUAUUGCCGUGUUGAUGGAAGAGAGUGGUGAAGAUGACGACGAAGAGGACGAUUUUUUUAUACUAGGAGCUUGCACUGCCCUUUUAUCAAGGGAGAAAAGGUCAAGAAUAUCGGGAUAUGUGGAUAUGGUUGUUCCAGAGUACAAUAAAACUGAAUUCAGAAGAAUGUUUCGGAUGUCACCUCAAACAUUUGAUAUCUUAUCUGGGUACUUGGAAAACUGCCCAGAGCUUCAGAAAGAAGGAACUGGUGGGAAAGUGCCGGUAUCUGUUAGGACACAAUUGUUACUGACAUUGUGGUAUGUAGGCGGACUGGAUACAAUCAUUAAGAUAGCAGAUAGGUUUGGGCUGUCUGAAUCAACAGUCAUCUUGUCAAGAACGCGCAUAAUUGGUGCUAUACUUCACCAUUUAAAGGAAAGGUUUAUUUGUUGGCCUGUAAAUCAACAAGAUGUUGUUACCAAGUUUGUCCAAAGGAAUGGGUUUCCAGGCAUUAUAGGAGCCUUAGAUGGGACACAUAUACGAAUUAAAGCACCACAACUUCACCCUCAGUCAUAUGUAAACAGAAAAAACUUUCACUCUAUUCAGUUACAGGCUGUAUGUAACAGUGAUAUGAUGUUCACUCACUGUAUGGCAGGUUUUCCUGGCAAGUGUCAUGAUGCUCGGGUUCUCAAAAACUCGGAUUUAUGGGAUGAUGGACUACAUUUGUGUCAGAAUAAUCAUAUUAUCGCAGAUGCAGCCUAUCCAUUACGCAGAUGGCUGUUGACGCCUUAUCGUGACAAUGGUCACUUAACACAGGAACAAAAAAACUAUAAUUACAAACAUUCAGCCAACAGAGUUGUCAUUGAAAUGGCAUUCAGUCUAUUAAAAGGGCGUUUUAGAAGACUUCAAAACCUGGAAACAAACAAGGUUGAAACAUCUGUUAAUGUUAUAAUGGCUUGUUGUGUUUUACACAAUGUUUGUCUAGCUGAGGAAGAUGAAAUUGACGAGUUUCUACAAGAGGAAGAUGGAGAUGAUAAUCCUGCUCCCCAUCCUGUAUUUAUAGAAAACAAUGGUGAAGGUCUAAUUAAAAGGAAUGCAAUUGCUAGGAAUCUUCAUUAA